GUUGUUAAGGGAGAGACCACAAAAAUCCCAGUGAGGUCAGUCACACACACACACACACACACACACACCCCAACCGAGCUCCAGUUUACAUCACAUGGGGAGAAGAGCUGACGGAACACGGAGGAGCUGAGGCGGACACUGGAGUGUUUGGGACACAGCUGUGAAGAUAAGGACAGAGCGGUGUCCGUGGAUUAAUUUUGUGUUUUUAAUGCUGCCCACCGGACACUUUUUCGCUUCAGGAUUUUUUCGGCUGCGAUGUUUCACGACCUAACGGCAGGAUUAGACACCUUCUCUCUCUGUGGAGUGUUCUUCAUCCCUGCUGGGGUCCUGUCUUUGGUUUGAGAACGGAGCUGAUCUGAAGGACACUAGGCACCAGGCCCGAGGGCCACUGGAUCAUAAAGGCAUGCUUGCUGCCAUGCUGCGCCAAAGUUCUGGCGGAGGAUCGGGCGGUGGUGGUGGUGGUGGAACCAAACUCUCUCUGGGUAUUUCCCGACUCUCCAGCUCCAGCAUGAGUUCAGCAGGACCUGCCAGGGCCUCCAAGAGUGGUUCGGUGAGCUUGGACAACCCAGACGUCCUCGCCUCCGACCCAAACUACAUCAUGCAGCUGGUCAGUGACGUGCGCAAGUUUGCUGACGUGCUUCUGCAACUCAAAGAGGUGUUCAACUCCAAAGAGCACCAGGACUGUCUUCACCACGCGGUCCACGAACGUCUCGGUGAGCUGCUACGAGUCCUGAAGGCCAUUAUCAGCAAACACCAGAGCCUCAACUCAGUGGAUAUCCUCAGUACAGCUGGAACCGUCAUCGCCACGGUCAAAGGAGUGAACUUUAAGGAGGUGAACGAAGACAACAAACAUAAGCAUUUCGGAGAGAUCUACGCCGCUAUCGACACAUUGGCAUUCACCUUUGGCAAUGUAGUGUCUGACUUCCUUAUGGGAGAUGUAGAGAAUGGAUCAGUGUUGGGGCUCCCCCUGACUAAGAGAAGCAGGUCUUUUGAGAACCUCUCUGUGGAAUCUGGAGGAUCCGGUCUUGAGAAAGAUGAUCCGCCAGAGUCUUCUCCACCAGUUCGGGCCGAAGAGGUUGACAGGACACUGCAGCGGCAGGACAGCGGAGUGGAGUCAGCACUGGCCUACGCCAAGGCGUGGUCCAAGUAUACCAAAGAGCUGCUGGCAUGGGUGGAGAAGCGUCUCAAUAUGGAUAUUGAGUGUGCAAAGAGUUACGCCAAGAUGGCUGAGACUGCUAAGACGCUUGCUAGUCAACAGGAAUUCAUGCCUUUCCGUGAGAUCUACAUGACAGCUUUCAAAAAUGACAUCGAGUAUAGCCAGCUGAUUCUUCAAACUGCAGCAAUACUCCAAAGCAACAAAUUCAUGCAGCCUCUCCUGGCCAGAAAAAAUGAGCUGGACAAACUGCGAAAAGAGGUCAAGGAGCAGUGGCAGAGAGAGCAAAAGAAAAUGCACGAAGCAGACACGGCUCUGAGGAAGGCCCGGCUCCUGCAGACCCAGCGACAGGAUGAAUACGAGAAGGCCAAGGUGUCGACGAGUCGGUUGGAGGAGGAGCAGACUGGAGGGGGAGGGGGAGCGGCAGCAGCAAAACAGCUAGAAAAAAGGCGUAGGCUGGAGGAGGAGGCGCUGCAGAAGGCCGAGGAGGCCAAAGAUCACUGCAAAGCUUGUCAGGUUGAUGUGGGGGUGAAGAGAGUCGAACUGGUCAACACCAAGAAUGAGAUCAUCACUCAGAUCCGAGAGAUGGUCUCCCAGUGUGACCUCACCCUCAAGGCUGUGACCGUCAACUGGUUCCAGCUUCAGCAGGCCCAGGUUGUGUCUCUACCUGUCAACCACCAGACUCUGUGUGAAAAUGCCAAGCUGUACGAGCCUGGCCAGCGCUACAUCGACUUUGUCAGGAGUUUACCUACGGAUGCGCCUCGACUUGAGUGUCACUCGUUGGAUUCACCUGUCACACAAAACACAGGGAUGCCUUUCAAUAAGCGCUCACUGAGUGGCAGCCACUCCUCCCACAGUAACCUGUCACAGGCAUCUGUGACCUCUGACCUCCUUGUUGGAGAUGAUGUGGACAGCCCCAUCAACUCCCAACACCCCAAGAUUGCUGAAAGACGCUCCAACGGUAGCACUGACAUCCAAGCACUUAAAAUUCAGGCGCCAUUUCGUCCCUGGACCUCGGCCAAUCAGGGUGGAGGGAUGUGCAGUGAUUCGGAAAGUGCUGGAGGGAGCAGUGAGUCCCGGUCCAUGGACUCGCCGACUGCAAGCCCAGGAGACUUCAAGAGGAGAUUACCCAGAACCCCCUCCACUGGUACCAUGUCGUCUGCUGAUGACUUGGAUGAGAGAGAGCCUCCCUCGCCUUCUGAUAAUGGUUUAAAUGAAAUGGUAAUCGAAACGGCGAGCUCUCCAGGACCCUUUAGAAACACUCAGAUGUCUAAGGCGGCCCAAACCCACAAGCUGAGAAAGCUUCGAGCACCCUCCAAGUGUCGUGAGUGUGACAGCCUGGUGGUGUUUCAUGGAGCGGAGUGUGAGGAGUGUUCCUUGGCGUGCCAUAAAAAGUGUCUGGAAACUCUGGCUAUCCAGUGUGGCCAUAAGAAGCUCCAGGGAAGGCUUCACCUAUUUGGCAUUGACUUCACACAGUCAGCUAAGAACAGCCAGGAUGGCAUACCUUUCAUCAUACGGAAGUGCACGUCGGAAAUUGAGAAUAGAGCCCUCAGCAUCAAGGGGAUCUACCGUGUGAAUGGUGCCAAGUCUCGAGUAGAGAAGCUGUGCCAGGCAUUUGAGAACGGCAAGGACCUGGUGGAGCUUUCUGAUCUUUCUCCCCACGACAUUAGCAAUGUACUCAAACUCUACCUGAGACAGCUUCCAGAGCCACUCAUCCUCUUCCGCUAUUAUAACGACUUUAUUGGUUUGGCCAAGGAGAGCCAGAGUAUCAUUGUGGAGGAACUCGAAGCACAGAGAGUUAAUCCCACCACUGCGACCCCUGCGCAGGUUAGCGUCGAGCUCAAUCGAGUCCUGUUCAAGAUCAAGGAUCUGCUAAGACAGCUCCCACCAGCUAAUUACAAGACACUGCAGUUCCUCAUAGAGCAUCUUCACCGGGUGACGGAGCAAUCAGAGGAGAACAAGAUGACAGCCAGCAACCUGGGGAUCAUCUUUGGCCCAACGCUGAUCAAGCCAAGGCAGGCCGAUGCUGAAGUUUCUCUUUCUUCUCUGGUGGAUUACCCCUAUCAGGCGCUCAUUGUGGAGCUCCUGAUCAGACAUUACCAGAUGGUCUUUGACACACCUCUGAGUCCUGUAAGUGGCACCUCGCCCACAGAGGUUGAUGCCCAGACCCGCACUAAUACUCGCCUUACGCAACAGGACAAAGAGCAGCAGCUGAUCAGGCACUCCAAGUCACUGGGAGACAUUAAAGAGUCGAGCUCAAAAGUGUUUAAAAGGCAUUCGUCCAUAAUUCCUUCUUCACACUUAUUGACUGAGGUUCAGGAGAGGAUGCCAAGCCUUGAUGGAAGCAAUUUUGAACCUGCUGAUGAAACUGAUUCAGAGACUCUCAGUUUGUCGUCAAGUGUCCCUGAAGUCGCAAAAUCUGGGGAGAGAGGCCUGUGUCGUUCUCAUCAUAUCACAGUCACCAGGGUUCAGCUUCGACACCCUCGCAACAAGCUUUCAUCACGGCCGUUUAGCAUGCCGGCCGAACGGAUACUUAACCGAAGCCAAAUAGACGAGAAUAACUCCCGGAACGCCACUGACCAAGAUGACAGGAAGGGAAGCGGUUGCGACCAGUCCAUCGAAGAAGUGGACGAGACUGAGAAUACAAAAACAAGAGCGGCCACACAUUUCCGGAGUACCUUUAUCGACACCCAGACAUUACGCAGAACUUGGGAUAAACAGUACAAACAUGAAGUUGCCUCAAGAACUGUCAAAAUUGGGGCCAGCUCAUCCACAGAGAGUGCAGCAGUGGAAGCAAACAGCUUGUCAACCUCUGUGCCAUCAACCCUCUCCCUUGGAACUACUUACACAGUCGCAGUGCGACCCAACAGGACUAUAAAAAGGGAAGAUAAUGUCACAAAGUAUAGCCCCAUUGCAACAACUUUCAGAGCCCCCAGAACUCUUCAGCCUCCCCCAGGAACCUUCUAUAAGCCCCCAUCGGGAAGCAAAGCUAAAGUCCUGCAGAACUGUGCACAAGCUAACAGUGCUGAGGAAGAAGAUGAAGAGGAGGAUGAUGAGGAGGAGGAUGAGGAGGGGGAAAUAGGCAUUGAGAUAGAGGUGUCUGUAGAUGAGCCCCUUGAGGAGGACGUUGAGAUUGAACAGACAGCCAUAUCUCAGUCUCCCAGCUGUAGCCCUGAGGAAAUGGACCAAAACCAGGCAAAACCAGUGUACCAGAGACUAAGACCCAGGCGUCUUCCAGAGGUGGAACACAGAGAGGCACAUUUUGUUUAAGCCACUAAAAGACAUUGCUGUUAGAGCUCCGAGAAUCACAAUGUGUGUCACGUUAGGAGGAACACACAGAAACAUCUGCAUUGACUCUGUAGAGAAAAUGAGCAGAUGUAUGACUGGCACUGUGUGUAGAUUUAUUGUAAGUAUUAUGAUAUCUUUCAUCCUCAAAAGAAAAAAAAUGCACUUAUAAUGCUGUAAAUUUUGAUUCACAAAUCAUACAUUUGCCAAUCACUUGCUCAGUAUACUCUGGCACACAGCCAGGAUAUUUAUAAUUUUUUGGAUCUGUGCAAUUUAUUUUUGUUUGAAUAUUUUGUGUAAAAUUCUUACAGGUUCACGUAUGUAUGUUUCUAUACCAAAAAAGCCCUCGAGGCGUAACAAUACUACAUACAGUCAUGGAGAUAUGUGGUGCACUUACCUGAUAACGCUCUUUCACCAUCAGCCUUCUGCCUGCACCGUUGAAGAGUGUUUUAAGCUGUUACAUGUAGUUUGUAAUUAAAAACGUUGCUAAUAUUUUUUUGUAUGAAGCAAUUUAACAACAUCUGUUACGUGAUGUACAGGAUGUCUGUAUUUGCAUUUGGUCAUGUAAUGAAGCAUCACUUACAAAGGGUAUAAAUCCACUCGUUUUUGUACUGCGUGGUGUUAAAUGUGUCUGAAAAGCUUUUAGAAAUGCUACAGGAUUCUGACAUGGCAUUAUUCUUCUUAAUUUUAAUAUAUGUACAUUUUUUUUAAUAGCCAAAGCUUUUUUUCUUUGUUUUUUUUUUGUUUGUUUUGUUUUUUUUUACAAAUUGAGUAGUUUUAUCAAUAACCUGAAUCUUAUGCUUUCUUUGUAAGUAAUGGGAAGUGCAUCAUUUAUUUAAAUGGUAUCUGUUUUUCAUGGUAAUGUACAAGCCUGGCACAGUGUUGAAAGUUCAGUGUAAGAAAACAGGUACAUAAAACAAACACCCUUUUGUAACUUAUUAAAAUAUAUCUGACAACUUA